ACUAAUCUGAUUUCCAGUCCUCCACAUUGAUGCACAUCUCAUUGUGUUAACAAGAGACUGAACAGUAGGUUGGGUACUAAAUAACUCACAUGGCUACAACAAAAUGACAAACUAUGACUAAGAACUUCAAGAGACAAAAAAGAAGAUCACGCCACAGGUCACAGUGAAGGGAAGCCGAGAAGAGGAACAAGAAACUGGGCUGAUUCAUGGAAAUAUCUUCUUGUUCUUCUUUGUGAAGGAAAUCAACAUGCCAUGGAAAAACUAUUCAUCAAAGAGACAAGAUUGAAGUCUUUUUAGAGCCACGAAUCAUGCAAGCACCUUGGAACUGUGGAUAUGAAGAGCAAACAAACUUCCUGUGAUGAAAAGGCAUACACACAAAGCAUCCACCAUAUCUAACGUGGCUUGCUAAUGCAAAUGCUCGCGUGUGAACUUUCGUUUCACAUUGACCGUAGGAUUAUGCAACAUCUGAAUGGUAAGAAGCUUCUUAUGGCAGCUCUGUGAAAUGUAUACACCCUGGAUUUGUAUACUUUCACAUCAAUCUUCAUGGAAUUUCAUGUUGUGGCUCUCCGACCUUUGAAAGCAACAUAAGACAUUGACUCCUUUUAAGCCAAAUUCUAAAAGUUAACGAUGACGGAGCAAAACAAUUGCACCAAUGAUGAAUUUAAAUACGUGUUAUACAGCUCUGUUUUCAGUAUUGUCUUUGUUCUCGGGCUUCUCUUCAACAUGGUGGCCAUGUACAUUUUUAUAUGGAGACUGAAAAUGCGCAACGAGACCACAACGUACAUGAUGAACCUUGUGGCCUCAGAUAUCCUAUUUGUCUUCAGCUUGCCUUUCAGAACGUUUUACUUCAUUAACCGUGAGUGGCCUUUUGGCAAAGCUCUCUGCCAAAUCUCAGUGGCCUUGUUCUACACCAACAUGUACGGCAGCAUCCUCUUUCUCACGUGCAUUAGCGUGGAUCGCUUCCUGGCAAUCGUUUAUCCCUUUGCAUCUAGAACACUGAGGACCAAGCGCAAUGCUAGAAUAGCCUGCUGUGUGAUCUGGGUGGUUCUCCUGUCGGGAAGCCUAACCGCAGUGUUUGUGAUGGACACCACAUCAGAUCCGAACACCACAACAGAUAACAACAAAACAUACUGUUUUGAAAACUACUCAAAUUCGCAGUGGAAGUCCAAGGUAUCAAAAGUUGUGGUGUGUAUGGAGACAGUGGGCUUCUUGAUUCCGCUGAUGAUCAACGUUAUCUGCUCCAUGAGGGUCCUGCAGACUUUACGAGACCCAGAGAGCAUCAGCCGUGGAGGGCAGCUGAACAAGGCCAAGAUCUUGCGUAUGAUUGUGGUGCACUUGUUUAUUUUCUGUUUUUGCUUCAUCCCAUACAAUGUCAAUCUGGUCAUCUACACCCUGGUCCGAAGUAGGGUUAUUAUGAACUGCACUGUGGAGUCAGUGGUCCGGACAAUUUAUCCAAUUGCAUUCUGCAUUGCUGUGACUAACUGUUGUUUUGACCCAGUGAUCUAUUACUUCACCUCUGAGACAAUUCAGAACUCUAUUAAACGAAAGUCUUAUGCUAACCGCAAAAACACAUUAAAUACUACAAAUGACAAUGUUGAUAACAGAAGCAAUUCGAUAAAUAAAAUCAUAUCUCUGAAAGCUAAAUUCAUCAUUGAAGAGUCUACAAUUUGACCAGGCAGCCAAUUUGUUUGUAUACCAAUUUUAUAGACCAAAUUCUCAUCUGACAUAUUCAACCAAUGUUAGCAAGGAUAUAUUUGACUGAUAUCUAAUUGAAGACUGCUGAAAAAUACAAAGUCCGAGUAUAUUCUUGGUGCUACAAUGGAUGUGUGUUUACAACCCAAACUCUACCAUUUGCCUUAAUGGGAUAUUUCACCCAAAAAUAAAAAUUGUCGUCAUCAUUUACUCGCCCUCAA